GUUGCGCCCAGUCGUCCCGCCUGCGCCAGCCACGCGGACGCACGCGCGCGCGCUCCCGUCCCGUCUCGCACUUACCGCGCAGCCCUCGUCCGCUCUUCGCGCGGAGGGCGACCAGGAAGGAAGACGGCAGCCGAGCAGCUCCGAGCAUCUUCCAUCUUGUCCUGUUUGUCGUCCUCGUCGGCGACUUUUUGAUUCCAAGCGUUCAUCUUUUCCAUCUUUUUUUGUCGCGGAGCCUGUGAGCGUGUGUGGGGGGGGGGGGUUCUUUUUUGGUUUUUGGGGGGUUUUUUUUGUGGUUACCCCCUCCUCUUCCUCUUCCUCCUCCUCGUCGUCGUCAUCAUCAUCUGCGGAGGUGCUCAGAGCCUUCGCUCGCAGAGACGCGUGCGGUUUUGCGGGAUAUGGCCAAAUAGCAGCAGCCCGUGAUGCCGGACCAUGACAGCGACUCCCUCCUGAACAGACAGACCAAGCGAAGACGUGUGGACAUCGGCGUGAAGAGGACCGUGGGCAGCGCCGCCUCCGCCGCAGCGACAGCGACCACCGAUAGCAUUGCGCGCGCCAAAGCGGCCAUCUUUAGUGCCAUGAACUCUCUGAGCGCCCACUCUCACCACAGAUCAGACGGCGACCCCAUGGAGUGCUCUGUCGUGCAGGCGCACGGAGGGCCUGGCGUGGUUUCGGCCGGCGACGGCGAUUCCAAGUCCAACGUGCUGCGGAAGCUGCUGAAGCGGGCCAACUCGUACGAGGAUGCCAUGAUGCCCUUCCCCGGCACCACCAUUAUCUCCCAGUUGCUCAAGAACAACUUGGCUAAAAACGGCGGCGGGCCGGAAAGAGCGGACAGAGGCGACCACGGCUUCCCGGGAUCGGGGCUCUCGAAUACGAGCUCCGACGCUCCCCAGGAGGACGCCUGCAGCAACUCCUCCCAAGAGAGCUCCCCUCAGGAAUGUUUGUCGCCCUUCGGCCGGCCCCCCGGCCUGGGCGCGUUCGACAUCGAGCGUCUCAACAACGAGCACCUGCGCGCCAAGCGAGCGCGCGUGGAGAACAUCAUUCGCGGUAUGAGCCACUCCCCGAGUGUGCCGGUGCCGCCGUCUUCUCGCCACGAGCGCGACCACGACAUGGACGGCGAGCGGGAAAUGGAUCUGGAGUGCCCGCCUCCUCGGUCCCAGCACCAGGGCCCCGGCGGGCCCGGCAGCCCGCGAGCGGGUGAGGUGUGCGGAGGCGGCAGCCGGGAGAAUAAGCGCAAGCAGCGUUUGCCUCAGCAGCAACAACAGAGCUUCACCCAGCUGGUCUGUCAGAGGAAAGAGCAGAAGCAGGAGGAGCGGCGACAACUGAAGCUCCAGCUUGAGGACAUGCAGAAGCAGCUCCGACAGCUGCAGGAGAAAUUCUUCCAGAUCUACGACUCCACCGACGACUCCGAACACAACGACAUAGGAAACCUGUCCGAGGACAGCCCGGCGAGGUCCGACAACGGCGCCGACGACCGGGGCGGCGAGGACUUGCGCUCCGACAACGAGAUGCCCGACCUGGAUCCCGGCCACUUCCUGGAUCGGGCGCGGGCGUUGCUUCGAGAGCAGGCUCUCCUGGGGGACGGAGACAAGCCGACGAGACGAGAUGCGAUCGGCCGCAGCAAAGGGCAGGGAGGCCCCGGCGCCUCCGUGCACGCCGAAGGUAAACAGCUGGCGGAAACGCUGAAGCAGGAACUCAACUCGGCUAUGACGCAGGUGGUGGACACUGUCGUCAAGGUGUUCGCCAAGCCCCCGCGCCCUACGCCCCAGCAGGCAUUCCCCCCGCUUUCCUUACCCCCGGAAAGGUUCUCUUCUGCAGUCAACGGGGACAACCCAAACUUCCACACCACCAACCAGAGGCUGCAGUGCUUCGGCGACGUCAUCAUUCCCAAUCCGCUGGACUCCUUCGCCGCCGGCAUUCCCGGGAUUCCCGGUCCGGUGAAUGACCAAACCGAGGCCCUGCCCUUAGUUGUAAGGAAGACGCCCAGUGACCACCACCACCAUCACCACCACCACCACCAGUCCUCAGCUGUGGGCGCCCACGGGGGUCACCACCAUCCUUCUCUUCACCCUUCGUCACUCUCUGCCUCAAUGGGGUUCAGCCCGCCCUCCUUCAGACACCCCUUUCCCCUGCCUCUCAUGGGUUACCCCUUCCAGAGUCCCCUGGGCCCACCCACGGGCGGCUACCCGAGCAAGGAGCGCUCCUCGCCGGACUCCGUGGACCUGUCCCGGGAGACCACGAGCCUGAGGACCAAGAUGGCGUCCGGCCACCACCUGGGGCACCACCAUCGCUCGUGUUCGCCCGCACACCCUGGCAGCACGGCGGACGGACUCUCCUUGUCGCUCAUCAAAUCCGAGUGUGGCGACCUGCAGGACAUGUCUGACAUCUCGCCUUACUCGGGCAGCAAUAUACAGGAGGGUCUCUCCCCGAAUCACCUGAAGAAGGCCAAGCUCAUGUUCUUCUACACCCGCUACCCGAGCUCCAACAUGCUCAAGAUGUUCUUCUCUGACGUGAAGUUCAACCGCUGCAUCACCUCGCAGCUCAUCAAGUGGUUCAGCAACUUCCGGGAGUUCUACUACAUCCAGAUGGAGAAGUUUGCCCGGCAGGCCAUCAACGACGGCGCCGCCGGCGUGGAGGACCUGAGCGUGAGCCGCGACUGCGAGCUCUUCAGAGCCCUCAACAUGCACUACAACAAGGCCAACGACUUUGAGGUCCCCGAUCGCUUCCUGGAGGUGGCGGAGAUCACGCUGCGGGAGUUCUUCAACGCCAUCGUGGCGGGCAAAGACGUGGACCCGUCGUGGAAGAAGGCCAUCUACAAGGUGAUCUGCAAGCUGGACAGCGAGGUGCCCGACAUCUUCAAGUCGCCCAACUGCCUGCAGGAGCUUCUACACGAGUAAAGCGACUCCGCCUUCCCUUUACCACUUCAACACUAUUCUUCUUGCUUCGAUUCUGUCCCCUCUUUUUUUUUCCCUAUUUUAAUUUGUGAAUGUAUGGAAGUUCUGAAGUAGCAUUCCCGAUUUGAAGCCUCGGCGCGUGUUCCCCGAUGACCUCGCUCGGUCUUGUGUUGUUUUCCUUCGAUGAGAAUUAUGAUGACGACGAUGACGGCGAUGGUUGUUAUUACUUUUGAUUUUCCUCUUGACGAACUGAAGAUUUGAAACCCUUUUGGCUGAUUUUUGGACCGAGUGACUCUUCCUCACCCACUUUUUUUUUUUGCCUGCUGCACGAUCGACACUAACUCACAUGUGGCAAUGAAGGAAACGGGCCGGGUUGCGUACGGAUUCCGAACGCCGGUCCACUUGCGGUCCAUCCGACGAAGUGCCCCGCAAAGGGUGGGCGGUGCCCGGCCCUCCCCCCGUAGAUUGCGCGGCAUAAAGAUCGGGACUACCGAGGAGCUUGACUGGACUUAGUGGUGCGAGUCUGGACCGGUUUCAAAAAGAUCCUGUUUUGAAGUGUGUUUUCCCUGCAAGAAGGGCAUUGCGUCUAUCGGGUGUACAUUCUUCUUCUUAUUAUUCUUAUUAUUCUUAUUAUUAUGAAUAUUGUUGGGGAUUAUUUCUGUUGUGUAUGAUGAUUUUAUUAUUUGUCACCACCGCUUGCUGAAGGUUGGCAGUUGAAGUUUUGUUUGUCCCCUCGAAGAAAAAAAAAAUAAAUUAUUCCUAUUGAGAGUUUUGAAAAAGAGUUUAGAUUCUGGAAUAUUCUGCUUCUCGUGUCCAUCACUUGAAAUGUUUUCUUUUAUAUUUAGUUUCGCAGGAGCAGCAUUACGAUGUUGUUGUUAUUUUGUGUACAUUUGUAGACUUUUCUGCAUUGGACCAGUGAGACAAUGAUGGAGCAGACAUUUUCUCGUUUGCCACUUGUCUUUUUCUCGUCGACGGCCGCCUUUGAUGACCGAAAUUGCAUCGAUCGGCUUUUCUGUCGGCUACCGUACGCAAGCGACCUUUGUGUCUUUUUAUAUACUCGCACUAUUUUCCACCGAGCGGCGCAAACGUCCGCCUUUUUGUAAGCAGGGAUUUUUAUUUUUGGGCACGAUGACGCGAUCGCAAUAGCAGCUGGUACUUGAAGAUAUGGGAAUACCGAAACAUAGUUUUGCGCAUACAAUGGAUAAUUGCGGAGUCACAGAAAAGGGGCGUCGUCAAGAAUCCCCCCUCCCGACACUCACCUGCAUUUAAGUGAUCCAGCGCCUCUCGGGCGGGAACAAUAUGAGGUCAGAGGUCAGCGUUCUUCCCCUCGGGGUGAACGGAGGAGAGCUCAGCAACUUCAAAGCGCGCCGACAAAAGACGGGCGACGGCGAAACCUUCCGCUCGAGACCCGUUGCCGUUUCGGCCGCUGCGGAGGAAGUGUGGAACGAGUUUGUGUUUAUGGUCAUGUGACGAGCACAGGUAUUUUGAAAAAGAUUCACUUGUCCACUUUCUUUUUUCACGUUUUUAAGUUUCGAUCUUUGAAAGCAGACCAGAAGAGUCGAAGAAUUGCGCCUUUUCCGGAAAAGACUUUUUUCAGCCUUCCGCUUGGCUAACGUGGCUUCGCCUGUUGUUUUGGUUUGCGAGUGUUUGACAACAAUUUUUUUUCCCCCCCAAAAAUUACAUUGACAUUAACAGAUAUUUUAACAUUGACUAUGACUUAGAAAAAAAAAAAAAAAAAAAGCACUUAGAAAAUGGAUUGAAAAAAAAUAGACUCCAUCAGAAAGAACAUGUUACACUUUUAAGUAUUUGCUUAUAGAAAUGCAUCUUUGGGGCUCAUCGUAUUUAUUUUUUUACGAUGUACAAAGCCCGCGAAGCCUUGGCUUUUUCUUUUGCAAAUCGCAUAUUCCUUUUCUAAUAUCGUGGAUAGUCAAUCCGCACCUUUGAUUCUCCUUUUCUUGAACUGCCCGCGUCAUUGUGCCUUUUCCGGAAGUGACUUUCUUCAGCCUUCUGACUGGCUGACAGCUCAGGGUUUUAGCCCUCGGUUGCUUCGAGUCGGCAAGCGUUUGACAGCCAACGAAAUAGAUUUUUUUUUUUUUUUCCCCCACCGCUGGAGUACAGGGGAGAAAAAAAAAAAGUAUUUUACCGUUACUUAACAAUUUGGCAAAGUUGGUCGUUUUUAUUUAUUAAAGCUGAAUUACUGAACACAAUUUUUCCAUAGUUUAGGGGUUUUAGGUCACUGAAAACCGCCAAGAGAGAAAUGUGUAUUUUUGGAGCACAUCUAUUUUGUAAGAACGAAGCCUAUUAAGCUGUCAUGACAAGCUUUAAUUUACGCUUUUGUACAUUUAUAUUCAUAUAGCGUGUGAUAUUCAAGGCUAUCAGUCCACACGUACGAUUUUUCCUCAAAAUUGACCGUCGUCGUCAUUGAGCCUUUUCCGGAAACGGCUUUCUUCCGGUUCCGACUGGCUCGGACGACUUUCCGGGUACGAAGAAAACGCUUCACCCGUUUGCUUUGACGUGCGUGUGAUUUUUUUAAAUGCAAAUGUCUUUAUGCUUUUGAAAAAUACCUGUGCGCGGACAUGUCGCUUCGACUUACAGACGAGGACGUUAACAUUUGUCCGCAGGUGUCGCUCGCCUCGGCGUCUGCAGGGACGACACUAGAUCAAAACGGCGCAGGUCGCCUAACCCGCAAAGCGGCCGACAAAAGGAGGCAGAGAAAGCGCGAGAGCAACUCCCUUCGUUAUCUCCCCCUCGUUCCUCCCCGGACGGCGCCCUUCUGGAGAUCGGCGGCCCGAGAGAGCGCGUGGGGACGGUUUUGUCACUGAGCGACGGGCUCGGUCUAAACGGCCGGCCGAGGGCUCUGAAGUGCCGCGAACAAAAGGAGAGAGGAAAGGAUACGCUUCUGAAAGCGGCUCCACGCCCUCUCGCUUCCUGGCGGCGCCGACCACUAAAAUGAUACAGCUGAGAUAUGUUCCGUUUUUUGCUUGAUUUUAUCGCGACAUUAAUAAAUGGCAUAUUUCGUCUUUUUAUAAAAAAUUGUACAGUAUAAAUCUAUGGGGGAAAUAUAUAUACCGUCGUGGCAUUUUUAUUUGGGAUUUUUUGUGACAACUUUGUUGAAUCCUGUGUUCCGGAUAGGUGAGUCAUUAGUAGAUUAGGAGCAAU